UUGGAGAGCAGUUAAGCACAUCGAGUAGAGUUAUUGAAGCUUCAUUUUCAAGGGAUAGAUUGGAUGUGGAGUUACGAAUGUUUGGAAUACAUCAAGUAUUUAAUCAUGAAGUGGAAGACUUCAGUAACAAACUAGCUCAAAGUUCUAAUGACCACUUGUAUCUUGAAAUGAAUUUUAAUCGACAUUGCCAGAAAUUAUUAGAGGGUGCAAAUGAAUUGGUGGACUCUGACAAGAUCACAGUCAUCAAGAAUGGAGAAGGUAGUUCGGGAGUGCCUCAAAAUGAAGCAGAACACGAUGACACUGCCUGGGAUGAUAUAGAUUCAAUUGAAUAUAAAAAUUUCAUAAAUGAAACAUACUCAUUGCUUUCAGCAGUCUUUCAGGGAAGCUUUGCACGUCACAACUGUUUCUAUUUGUUAUUGCCUUUCCCAAUACUUUCACCAUGGUUCUUCCACCACAGCGUGGGGAACGUAGCAGUGUGCUACCUUCCUCCUAAUAUAUACGAAGAUGAGAGAUGGUUGGGUCUGGAAUUAUAUGUCAAAUGUGAAUUACGUCGAUCUCGCACAGUUGGUGAUUCGACUUCAGAAAUAGUUGAUCUUAACAUUGAUCUGUACGCCCAUGGGAAAAGUAUGUCACCUAUAUUGUGUCAUAAGAUCAAAAUACCUGUACAUAGUCGCUUUGUUACAAUUCAUGUCCCCCGCAAGUAUUUCUCAGAAGAGUUGAAUAACUAUGAAGGUCUAAGCGUCAUCUUUAUGCCCACUACCCCAGAUGUGGAAGUCAAAAUGUGUGGAACCAGGUUGUUGUACGAGCAAGAGUCGAAGAUGAUAAGCAAAGGAAUAAUACAGUGCAUAUUUCAAAUCCCAAGUUUGCUUCAAGUUGUUCAUGAAGCAGCAAUAGGGCUUCUUCAGAGUGAUCAAAGUGAUAACGAUGAGAGUAAUAUUGCACUGCAACGAGAAAUGCCCCAAUCUAGUCGCAUGCCUACUUAUGAACCAAGGGAAAGGAAUAUAAUAAAGUCAUUACAAAAGUUUCUGACAAGUACUGAACAACUCGCAAAGGAAGUUUCAACUUCCAUAGGUAAGCACGGAAGGGAAUAUGCUGAGAAGCGAGUUUUUGUUAAUGCUGACUCGGUCUUACUCCACUCCAAACAGUCAUUUUUGAAGAAUUGGGAAAACAAGCAAGAAGAUACUCCGUGCGAAUUGUCUGGUACUUUCAACCAUUUGCAUAUAAUUGCAGAGAGUAUACUCUCCGUAAGCGAUUCACAAAACCAGAUCGAAACUCUUAAAGUUCUGCUUAGAGAAUUCUUCAAGCAUCGCGUCCUAGUCACACUCAGCCUAAAAGGGCAUAUAGUCUUUGCUUUAAAGAAUUUUGUUCCCGGCUCACCAUACAAUUUAUGUUUCCCUCAGAAGGGGAUUCCAAAAUGGUUUGAUGAUCAUCAACUUAAUAACUCUAUGGUGGCAAUUGCACUCCCUCCAAAUCUAAGCCAUGACGAGAGCUGGAAGGGGCUUGUCAUAUGUGCAUCCUUUUCAGUGAAUGAGAAUCCAGAUGCUUUUUCGAAAGGAUCGUUCAGGCUUCUCUGUCACUUAGCAAGCGAAGGAAUUUGCAUGAAUCCUGUCGCGUUAUGUUCUGUCACCAAAGAUAAAAUCAAGUGGUUGUACGUGCGCGGGUUCAUUUGGUUGGCCUACAUUCCUAAUGUGAUGCUUGCUGAUGAGCUGAAUGGAAAGCAUAUAGUAGAGGCCAAGAUUUACAGUUAUUGCCCCGGCUUAAUUGUGGACAAGUGUGGCAUCCGCUUAUUGUAUGAGAAUGAUGUGGAAGAACUUAAGCAAACAAUAAUCCAGUGUUGCACUUCAUUCGUCAAAGAUUGGGAUAUCAUGGAUAAACUCGUAGCAAAUGAAGAUGAUGAAGCUUCAUUUUCAACGGAUAGAUUGGAUGCAGAGUCACGAAUGUUUGGAAUGCAUCAAGUAUUUAAUCAUGAAGUAAAAGACUUCAGUGACAAACUAUCUCAAAAUGCUAACGACCACUUGGAUCUAGAAAUGAAUUUUGAUCGACAUUGCCAGAAAUUAUUAGAGGUUGCAGCCUCUGGCAACAUCACAGCAGUCAAGCUUGAAGGAGGAAGUAGUUCGGGAGUGACUCAAAAUGAAGCUGAACAAGAUCACACUGUCUGGGAUGCUAUACCUUCAACUGAGUAUAAAAAUUUCAUAAAUGAAACAUACUCAUUGCUUUCAGUAGUCUUUCAGGGAAGAUUUGCACGUCACAACUGUUUCCAUCUUGUAUUCCCUUUUGCAGCACUUUUACCGUUGUUCUUCCACCAUAGCGUGGGGAAUGUAACAGUGUGCUACCUUCCUUCUAAUAUAUACAAAGAUGAGAGAUGGCUAGGGCUUGAAUUAUACGCCGAAUGUGAACCCCGUCGAUCUGACUCAGUUGGUGAUUUGGCUUCUUCAAAAGGAGUUGAUCUUGAGAUUGAUCUAUACGCCCAUGGGAAAAGUAUGUUACCUAUAUUCACUCACCGUAUCAACAUACCUAUUAGCGGUUUUGUUGCAAUUCAUGUUCCGCGCAAGUAUUUUCCGGAAGACUUGAAUAACUUUAAAGGUAUAAGUGCCAUCUUUAAGCCCUCUACCCCAGAUGUUGUAGUCAAAAUGUGUGGAACCAGGUUGUUGUACGAGCAUGAGUCGAAGUUGAUAAGCAGACGAAUAAUGGAGUCCAUAUUUCAAAUGCCAAUGGUUCUUCGUUUUGUGCAUGGAGUAGUAAAUGGGCUCCUUCAGAAUUAUCAAAGUGAUGAUGAUGAGAGUGAUAUUGCAUUCAAACGAGAAAUGCCUCAAACUAGGACCACUUAUGAACCAAGGGAAUGGAAUUUUAUGAAGUCAUUGCAAAAGCUUCUGACAAGUGCUGAACAAUUCGCAAGGGAAGUUUCAACUUCAAUAGAUGAGUACAGAAGGGAAUAUGUAGAGAGGCGAGCUUUUAAUGAUACUGACCCAGUUUUAGUCCACUCCAAACACUCAUUUUUUAAGAACAGGGAGAACAUCCAAGAAGAUACUUUGGGCGAGUCGUUUGGUACUUUCAACCAAGCAAACACUGUGAGCCAAUUGGCUGGUAUUUUUAACCAUUUGGCGGAGGCUACUUUCAACCAAAAAGACACUCUGAGCGGAUUGCCUAGUACUUUCAACUGUUUGCAUAUAAUGGCAGAGAUUACUUGCAACCAUUUGCAUAUAAUGGCAGAGAGUAUACUCCACGUAAGCGAUUCGCAAAACCUGAUCGAAACUCUUAAAAUUCUGCUUAGAGAAUUCUUCAAGCAUCGCGUCCUAGUCACACUCAGCCUAAAAGGACAUAUAGUCUUUGCUUUAAAGCAUUUUGUUCCGAGCUCACCAUACAACUUAUGUUUCCCUCAGAAGGGGAUUCCAAAAUGGUUUGAUGAUCACCAACUUAAUAACUCUAUGGUGGCAAUUGCACUUCCUCCAAAUCUAAGCCAUGACAAGAGCUGGAAGGGGCUUGUCAUAUGUGCAUCCUUUUCAGUGAAUGAGAAUCCAGACGCUUUUUCGAAAGGAUCGUUCCGGGUUCUCUGUCACUUAGCAAGCGAAGGAAUUUGCUUGAAUCCUGUCGCGUUAUGUUCUGUCACCAAAGAUAAAAUCAAGUGGUUGUACGUGCGCGGGUUCAUUUGGUUGGCCUACAUUCCUAAUGUGAUGCUCGCAGAGCUGAAUGGAAAGAACAGUGUGGAGGCUAGGAUUUACAGUCAGUACCCCGGCUUGAUUGUCGACAAGUGUGGCAUCCGCUUACUGUACGAGAAAGAUGUGGAACAACUUAAGCAAACAAUAAUCCAGUGUUGCACUUCAUUCGUCGAAGAUUGGGAUCUCAUGGAUAAAUUCGUAGCAAAUGAAGAUUAUGAAUAAUGAUCACGUACCUUAGCCCAUCCAGGGUCCACCAGAGUUAGACAAGACUCGGAGGAUCGCGCUUACCAGGAAAAAUGCAGAUUUGAAUUUGAGAUAUUGACUGAUGCAUGGAAGAUCGAAACAGAACUGUUUUUUUUU